AUGACAGGAACUUUCAAUGCGAAUGCUGACACCAUGGGUAUCUUGUCGCUCCCUGAAGAAAUGCACACUGCGUUGGGGGAACACCUUGAUGUUAAGACUUUUGCAUGUCUGGUGCGCGUUUGUCGUGACUUUCGGGAUAUACUUACGCCAAUGCUAUAUUCCCAAUGGUAUUCGGAAUUGAUACUUGAUGGACCGAGGAAGCCGGAUAUGCCUCCUUUACCGUCCAACAUCUCGCUGGCGAAGGAAGUGGAAAUCAGAAUUGAUGGCGAAUUUCGCGAUUGGGAUGAAGCUGAUUUUGAGGAGGAUUCAGAAGAUGAGGAAGUGCAGCUUUAUCGCGAGGAACGUAUCAUACAGCUCAGAAAAGCAUGUACAGAUCAUAUGACGCGAAUCGUGGAACUGGGGGCAGGCGUUCAGACUUUGAAGCUGAUCGACAAUGCAAACGAUGAUACUUUGUUGCAUGCCUUCACAGAAGAAGGCUUUCGAAAAGCCUUGCAGGCAUGUACAAAGCUUAAAAAACUUCGGAUAAAGGGCUGUCUAAAUAGCACAACUAUGUUACAACAGUUUCAAAAUCUGUCAUUUCUUGAGAUUCAAGAUUUUUGCGACGAAACAAACGGAAUAGAAGAUAUGGCAAAACUGUUGUCCAGAUGUCCCCACCUCAAGGUUCUGAUACUUGGACCUACAGACUAUGGAAGUUCGUUUGAGCCGUAUAAUUCACACGGCAGAUUGAGACGAGGCAGCAAGUAUAUUCUGGAAUAUUUGUGUGAUUAUUACCACACCAUAUGUGCAGCAAAACCUUUGCAGCUGCGUCGACUUGUUCUUCCUGCCGAUUUAAUCCCUGGCAAGCCUGCGUCUGAAAGAAUUGAUAACUAUCUAGAGCAAUUGACCAAUACAUCAUUCAUUACCGAUCUGGGAUUCUUCAAUGGUUUGGUCGCAGAAGAUUCCAGCAACAGCACCGCUCAAUUCUGCGACAUCGACUACACGCUCCUUGAGAAUGUGAGUUCCUUGCGCAGUCUUAAGGUUACUCGUAUCGAUAGCGCACUCAGAGCCUGA